AUGCUUGGACUGUCGCAGUCUAACUCCGUCACAGUGGUAGGAGGGUUCGAGACCGCGACGCUCGAGCCGUCGGACCGCAUCGCGGUGCAACGCAAGUUCCCUCGGACAUACGGCUCCUCGCUGCUCUCCCUCGUCAAUGUCCCCGUUGACAAAUGCCCGGGUGCCAAGGCCCAUGCCAAGGCCUCGGGUCCCCUCAGAGUGGGAGUGCUGUUCUCGGGCCGUCAGUCGCCCGGCGGUCACAACAUCAUCUCGGGUCUCUUCGAUGCGCUCAAGGCGCACCACGCCGACAGCACUCUCCUCGGCUUCGUCGGCGGGUACAAGGGCGUGUUUGAGAAGAACACUCUCGAGAUCACUCCCGAGGUGCUAUCGCUCUACAAGAACCAAGGCGGGUAUGACCUGUUGGGGCGGUCCGUGGCGCAGAUGUCGUCGACGGAGCUGCAGGCGCAGGUGAAGGCCACGUGCACGGACCUCAAGCUCGACGGUCUCGUGCUUAUCGGCGGCACGGGCACGGCGACGACUGCGGCGUACCUCGCGGAGUACUUCGCGGCGGAGAACGCGCCCACUAAGGUGGUGGCGGUGCCGUGCACCAUCGACUGCGAUCUCAAGAACCAGUUCGUGGAGGUCAGCGUCGGCUUCGACUCCGCCUGCAAGGUGUACUCGCAGCUCAUUAGCAACAUCUGCACCGACGCGCUUUCCGCGGAGAAGUACUACUACUUCGUGCGACUCAUGGGUCGCAAGGCGUCGCACAUCGCGCUCGAGUCGGCGCUGCAGUCGCAGGCGAACAUGGUGAUUCUGGGAGAGCAAAUCGCGGCGUCGAAGAUGACGCUCUUCGACAUCACCAACAAGAUCUGCGACGCCGUCGUGCAGCGCUCCGUUGAAAAGGGCAAGCAUCACGGAGUCAUUCUCUUCCCCGAGGGCCUCAUCGAGCACAUCCCCGAAGUCGCCGCUCUCAUUGAGGAGAUCAACGAGCUCAUCAACAACGGCGUGCCGUCCGAGUCGGUGGCGUCGCGCCUGUCGCCGUGGUCGGCGGCGCUCUUCGCGUUCAUGCCGCCCUUCAUCCGCCACGAGUUCGCGGAGCACCGCGAGGUCGAUGGCUACAUCCGCUUCUCGCAGAUCGAGACGGAGAAGCUGUUUGCGCAUCUGGUGGAGAAGGAGAUGGAGCGACGCACGAAGGCGGGGCAGUACAAGGGAAAGAAGUUCAACGCCAUCUCUUAUUUCUUCGGCUACCAGGCGCGCGGCUCCCUGCCCUCCAACUUCGACUGCGACUAUGCCAAUGCGCUGGGGCACACGGCGGUGCAUCUGGUGGCAGCGGGUGCGGGAGGGUACAUGGCGACGGUGAGCGGGCUCAAGCACGACGUCUCCCGCUGGACGCUCGGUGGCGUGCCCAUCACGGCAAUCAUGAGUUCAAAGCCAACAAUGAAGGGCGGCGCCACUGAGCCCAGUGUCAACGCCAACAAGGUUGACCUCAACAGCGCCCCUGUCCAGGCGCUGUACGCCAAUGCGGCCAGCUGGCUGCUGGACGACCUGUACCGCAACCCGGGGCCCAUUCAGUUUGAGGGGCCUAGCGCUGAGGCACGCCCCAUCACGCUGACCAUGGAGGACCACAGCUACGUGGAGCAGAUGCACACUCUGCACAAGUACCUCGACCAGGUGAGGGAACUGGUGAAGCCUGGCUGUGCACCCGAGGCGCUCAACACGGCGCUCUCCUCCCUGGCGUCUCUCACCCACGUGCUCACCAUCCUCACUGGCCCCGGUUCCUCCUUCGCUGUCCCCGACCCUGCCCCCUCGCCCCGCGUCUCCUACCUACCUGAGGCAGGUUUGAAGGAGGGCUUUAACGUGCAGGGAGGCUUCGGGAAGGGGCAAGAGGACUCGCCUGAGUUUGAUCUUAAUAAGGAGCCUGACAACGGGAUGGAAAGCGGGAGAGAGCGCGAGGGGCGGGAGGAGAGGUUAGAGGGUGAAGUGAGGCGGGUUGAGGAGGGGCCUUUCGAGGUGCCUUUCGAGGUGCCUUUCGAGGUGCCUCAAAAGCUGGAUACCAGGAAGGGGGGAGAGAGAGAAAGCGGUAGGGGGAAGGAGGAGGCGUUAGAAUGCGAGGUGAGGCAGAUAUACGAGGGGCUGUGCCUGGACCUUGCUGCUGCUGCUGACGAGGAGGCCUGCAGCGCUGACAGGAGCGCUGACGUGGCAGGCCAGCGUGGAAGGCGCGCUGACGUGGCAAGGCAUGGUCCAGCUGGCAACGAAGAGGCUCUCUGCAUAGGAGACGUUGCUGAUCUGGAUUUCAACAGGGGAGAAGGGGUCAAGGUGGGUGAAGGUCAGAGCGAGGUUCAGGGCGGUAUGAGUGCGGUGGAACUGGAUUCAGUGCGGUUGCUGGCCUCCCUCCCAUCUCUGAACUCCAGCGACAUCGCCGCUGCCCUGCCUGCUCUCGCUUCUGUGAACCCACUGCCGAACACAGAGGGCGUUGUUGAGUCCACUCAAAAGCUGCCUGCUCUGGCCCAUGUUGACCCACUGGGGGACACAGAGGGUGUUAUGGAGUCUACUCAAAAGCUGCCUGUUUUCGCUCAUGUUGAUUUACCACACGGCACAGAAGGCGCUGCUGAAGCUGCGCCUAGGCGAUUGGCUCACAUGUGCGGCUGCUCGCCAGAGGGACUUCUGCAGCAGCAGCACCAGUACCAGCGAUUUGACCCGGCUGUAGCAGCAUCUGAUUUUGCCGCAGCAGCAAUUGAACCACAUAUAGCAGCACUUGAACCAGAUGCAGCAGCAAUUGAUCCGCCGGCCACUGAACAGGUAGCAACUGAAUCGGCUGUAGCAGCACUCGAGCCCAACACAGCACCGCUGGACCCAGCUGUAGCAGCUCUCGAGCUCAGUUCACCACCUCCGGAUCCGGCUGUAGCAGCACUCGAGCCUGAUACAGCUCCUCUGGAUCCGGCUGUAGCAGCACUCGAGCCUGAUACAGCACCUCUGGAUCCGGCUGUAGCGGCACUGUCGGACAUCCAGCUGCCGCCCGGGUUCACAGAGGGCGAGGCAGCAACGGAGCACUUCCCACCAUCGUCUGACCCGCCUGUCGAUACUCUAAACCCGCUCGUGGAAACCCAGAACCCCUUUGCGGUGACUUUGGAGUCGAGUCAAAAGCCGCCAUCGUGUGACCCGCCUGUUGACACGCGAGACCCUCUUGUGGAAACCCAGAACCCCUUUGCUAACACCCUGAGCCCUCUUGUUGAUGCUGUGGAAAACGUGCUGUGCGGCCACAGGGGUGAUGGUUUGGCGGUGGGAGGGGGGGAGGGAGGAGAGGAAGGAGAGGGAGGAGAAGAGGAAGGCGGAGGAGUGGGAGGAGGGGGAGUAGAAAGGGGAGGAGAAGAGGGAGAAGGUGAGGAGAGAGCUGGAGAAAGGGCAGAGAAUGAGGGAGAAGAUGUGGGAGUGGUAGGGAAAGGAGGGCGAGAUGAUGAUUGUGAGAGGGAGGGUGCAACGGGGGUUGGGGGCGGUGGAGUUGGGCAGGAACAGGCGUCAGCAUCAGCAUCUUUUCAACCAACGCCGAGUGUUUCUGGUGCUGGUGGCCAUUCUGAAGCUAGUGCUAGUGCUAGUGCUAGUGCUAGUGCUAGUGCUAGUGCUAGUGCUGCUACAAGUGGUGGUGCUGAUGGUGGGGAGAAACGCCCUUCAGCUGGUGACGCAGCCAGAGGAGGAGGGGGACAACCAAGCGACACCAACAGCGGAGAAAAGCCCGACCAAUCAGAAGCAGGAAAUGAUCUCUCGCACGGGUCUCAGCCCGGGGUGAAGCAUGGGUUGAGUGCGGGGGCAGGGGAUGCAGAGGCGCAUGCCAUGCUGCGGCCUGCAGGCAUGCUGGCGCCGCCCUACGAGCACAUGCGCCAGCCUGGCAUGGCUGUGACUCUAGCGGAUGUGCUUGAAUCGAGGGAGCCAUCAGAGCAGGCGGGUGUGACUGUGGACGAGCAGGGGCUGGGCUCCCUGGGAUUCGCCACGUCGCCCCUGGAGGGUCUGGGUUUAGAAGAGAGCCCGGGCUUUAAGCAACAUUUGGUCUCUGAGCAAGAGCUGGGCUUUAAGCAGCAGCUGGGUUUUGGCCAGGUGCUGGGCUGUAAUCUGGGGCUAUCAGGGAGAGCAGAAGAAGGGUCGGGUGACACGUCAGCAGUUGUGUCCAGUGCCAGGUCAGCAAAUCUACCGCAUGCGAGCACACUGCCAGGUGUGCAACACGCCAUGUCAGUGGCGCCUGAGCUGCAGCAAGCAGUUCCGUCCUCACCUCUAACGACCGCUUCCCCCCUUGCCCCGCACCCCCCGGUCCUUCCUCCCACACCACCUCCCAGCCCCGUUCCACUCCUUGCCUCCCUCCCCAUUAGCCGUACCUCCAUCCUCACCCCAGCAGCAACAGCUGCCCAAUCCCUUCCCUUCCACACCCCUGUACUCACGCCACCCACAGCACCCCAGGUGACACCUGCACCAAUCAUUGGCCCCCUUUCGUCCACCUUUUUAGUCACACCCCCUGCCAGUGCCAGUGCCCCAUCUUCUGCUGAAGGGAAUGUUGAGGUGCACGUAGGGCCUGCAGCAUGUGACAAUAACGAGAUGCUGCUCAAGAUUGGAGUGGAGGGGACCAAGGAGGUGGUUGUGAGGCAAGGUGGUGGUGGUGACACUACAGAGAGAUUUUCAGUGGAAGUGAAUGCAGGGGAAGUGAGAGUAGGGAUCAAGAGUGGAGAGGAUGUGACUGUAGUGGUGGGAAGGGGAGUGGGGGAAGCUACAACUGCAUGGGUGGAAAAGGGUGCAUAG